CCAGGAGCCAACAAACGCAAGGCCACCGCCGCCUCCGCAGUCGCCGUUCUGCGAUCCCCUCCUCCGCCGCCGCCCUGAGAGAUGGCGAAGGCGUUUUACGCGGUGGGGUUCUGGAUCCGGGAGACCGGCCAGGCCCUCGACCGCCUCGGCUGCCGCCUCCAGGGCAACUACUUCUUCCACGAGCAGAUUUCAAGGCAUCGCACACUUAUGAACAUCGUUGAUAAAGGCCCUCAUGUUCACAGGGAGGCAUUUGUUGCUCCAAGUGCGUCCCUUACCGGUGAUGUUCAAGUUGGACAAGGGUCUUCAAUUUGGUAUGGAUGCGUUUUAAGAGGUGAUGCGAAUAAUGUCCAAAUUGGAUCUGGGACCAAUAUACAGGACAAUUCUGUUGUGCAUGUGGCAAAAUCUAAUUUAAGUGGGAAAGUCUUUCCAACCAUCAUCGGUGACAAUGUCACAGUAGGACAUAGUGCUGUAUUACAAGGAUGCACUGUUGAGGAUGAAGCUUUUGUUGGCAUGGGGGCAACCCUGUUAGAUGGCGUUGUUGUGGAAAAGCACGGGAUGGUUGCUGCUGGAGCCCUUGUAAGACAGAACACAAGGAUCCCUUGCGGAGAGGUAUGGGGUGGAAACCCUGCAAAAUUUCUGAGGAAACUCACAGAUGAGGAGAUCGCUUUUAUUGCGGAAUCGGCUGCCAAGUAUUCCACCUUAGCUAAGGAACAUGCUGCUGAGAACGCUAAGCCUUUGGAAUCGAUUGAGUUUAUGAAGGUGUUGCGCAAGAAGUUUGCUCACCAGGACGAGGAAGACGAUUCAAUGCUUGGUGUCACUCGAGAGGCUUCUCCGGAGCUGGCGCCGUCCAGUGCUACUCCUGCCCAAUAAGCUUAUUAUCUGUUCCUCUCUUCUUUUUUUCCUUUGGUGCCUUCACCCUCUUCCGUUAGAUGGUUGAAGUGGACACUGUUCAACGAGUUUGGCAGUUUAUGUUUACUUCCCCAAUAAUCUUGGGUCGAGCAAUGUUCCAAAGCUGGCCAUGUACUUCUUCAGUUUCUGUAUUCCAUAUGUUUAAGAUGCGCUCUAUGGAACAAACAGAAUCAUUGCACACAAAUUUGCGAGUACCUUGUGCAAUGGAGGCAGCAUAUCAACGUA